AUGUUGUACUUAACGUUCAUUCUAUGUAUGCUGCUGGCCCUGUGUGAUGCUUUGGAUUUGAGUCAUGUGGAUCCCUAUAUAGACAUACCUUUUAAGCCGCUCAAAACAUCAGCCGAAAGGAUACGCGAGCAUGGCUAUCCAGCCGAGUCACAUUCCGUAGAGACCAGUGAUGGCUAUAUUCUCAAUCUCUUUCGCAUACCAUACUCGCCACGCUUGGGAAAUCAGCGCGAGCAGAAACCAGUCGUCUUCAUCCAACAUGGGCUGUUCGGUUGUUCUGACUGCUUCUUACUUAAUGGUCCGGAAAAUGCAAUCGCAUACAAUUUCGCCGAUGCUGGUUUCGAUGUUUGGCUGGGCAAUGCUCGCGGUAAUAUUUAUUCGCGCAAGCAUGCGACCAUGACAGCCGGUCAUCCCAAGUUUUGGAAAUUCAGCUGGCAUGAAAUAGGUGCGAUAGAUAUGCCCGAAUCCAUAGAUUACGUGCUUGAGCUGACGGGUGAGCCUGCACUGCAUUAUGUUGGACAUUCUCAAGGGGGCACUGUCUACUUCGUAAUGCUUUCAUCGCGACCCGAAUACAAUGCAAAAAUAAAAACCGGGCACUGUUUAGCCCCGGCGGUUUUUAUGGGUAAUGCUACUGAGGGUAUUGUUACGACGCUGGCGCCUUAUGUUGGUACACCCGGUGCUGGUGCGAAUUUGCUCAGCGAUCAACCAUUUGUACCGUAUAAUCCGUAUGUGCAACGUCUAUUGGAUACGGCGUGCGGUGGUCAGUCAACUUUUCCCAAAUAUUGUCAGACACUCUUCCUAAUGUGGGCCGGUAAGGAGCAGUCGAACCUAAAUGCGACAUUGUUGCCUCAACUCGCUGAGACCCAUCCGGCGGGUAUUUCGACUAAUCAAGGCAUUCACUACAUACAACUUAAGGUGUCCAAUAAAUUCCGUCAAUAUGAUUUUGGUGCGAAAAAGAAUAAACAACAGUAUCGCCAAGCCGAGCCGCCAGAGUACCCGCUGGAGAAGAUCACUGCCGAAACAUAUCUCUAUUAUGGUUUAAAUGAUGACUCUGCCAAUCCGAUGGAUAUGCAACGUCUACCGUCUUAUCUCCCCAAUUUACGCGUAUUUCAUGAAGUACCGAAUCCUACGUGGGGACAUUUGGAUUUCAUUUUCGCCAAACAGGUUAAGGAAGAGAUCAACGAUCCGGUAAUACAGUAUUGUCGCGAUUAUGAAGAACUGAAUUAAAGAAUA